GGCUGCUGUCUUGGCCGCUGUGGGUGGCGGCUGAGCUGCGGGGCCCCGCGCAUGCGUUUGUGUGUGUGGCUGAGUCAGUGCUGUACAGAGAGAGAGAGAGAGAGCAGCACUCGGGCGGGAGAGGGACAGUGCAGGAAACACGAGAGAGAGAGAGACCGGGAUCCUGUUGCAAAGUUCAGGCAACUCCGCAAGAACCGACAUCAGGAACAGUAAUCCGAGUGAGUGGCAGUGAGGACCGGAUCCGGGCUCACACUCUCAGAGCUGCAAGCUGAAGUGAAAUGACUUCACAGAAUGGAAGUGGGAGAAGGGCACUGUGUGGCUGGCAUUUCCUGCCUCUGCUUAUUGUGUUCUUUCUGACUGAAACCUCUGACUGCAAGAGCCACCCAUGGAACUCAAUCAUACUCACUCAACACUGGCCUGAGUCUGUGUGUUUGGUGGAUAAGUGCAAAGAGCAUCCAAAGAUUGAUUACUGGACUGUACACGGGCUGUGGCCCAAAAAAUCAAUGAUGUGCAACAACUCCUGGCAUUUCAACAUCAAAAAUGUAGAGAAUAUUUUAGUUGAUCUGAAACACUUUUGGCCAGAUGUGCUCCAUCCCAAUGGCACGCAGUUGUGGAAGCAUGAAUGGCAGAAACAUGGAACCUGUGCAGCUCUGCGGGAACCCCUGAACUCCCAGGAGAAGUAUUUCAGUAAAGCUCUGGAACUGUACAAAAAGCUGGACUUGAACAGUGUUCUUGCAAAGUUUCACAUCGUACCAUCCGCAGAAUAUUAUAUGCUGGAGGAAAUUGAAAAUGCACUUCUGUCUACCUACGGGACAAUACCAAAGAUUCAGUGCAUUCAUCCCACUGAGGAAGGUUCGGUGCAAACACUGGGCCAGAUUGAACUCUGUUUCAACACAGACUUUCAGCUAUUGAACUGCACAGAAACUAUAUAUAACAAACUUAAUUUGGGAUCCAAUGGACAGCGCAGUGAAUAUUUGGAUCUAUCUGUGUGCAGUCAGGACCUUAAAAUCUAUUACCCUCCUGUAGAACACCGCAACUAACAGUGUACAUGCAGACUGGGCACUUUACAAGACAGGAAUUUAGUAUUAUUUCAUUUUCUCUUUCUAAAGUAAACAAAGGAUAAAAUACGUUCUGCACAGAAUAAAGACCAGUGCCCUGGUCUAUCUGCAUUUGUCAGCCAGACUCAGUUGGUAGCACACUCACCUCAGAAUCAGAAGGUUGUGAGCUUACAGCAUUCAUCUAUAAAUACAUACGUGACUCCACAGUGAAUCCUGUGAAGCAAAUUGAGAUGGCCUCCCAAGGAGCUAUUCCAAAUGUAAGAUUAUUAUAAAAUAAUCCAUUUGGAAUUUUUUUAAUAUUGCACGAUAACCAGUACUAACUUCUGUGUAAAUAAUUGUGAAAUUAAAUAUAUCCGAAUAGAUUUUACAGAAACUACAUCUUUUAAUUAAUGUCAAAGUAAUAAAUCAAUAUUUUCUGCACACCUUUAAGGUAUUUUAGCAUUCCUAGUAGAACAGGACUUGUUUUAAUUCUAAUUUGGUUGCAGGUUAAUCUUUGAUAGACAACUCACUUUUUAAUGUGCUAUGUGUAUUUUUAUUGUAUUUGUGCAUGUUAUAAUUUAAAUAUAUGUAGCUCCUAUUUGCAAAACUUGAAACACAAUUCAUAGUUCACUAUAUUUAUUCAGUGAAUUACAGUCAAUCAAAGCAAGUAAAAAAAUCAUUAAACUUUAAAAUGGCAUAUUUUAUAUCAGGUCUAAUUUAAAGUAUUUCAUAACAGGAUUCCUUAAGAAGACCCGUCAGCAAUUGCAACCCAAAGUAGAUCGCAUUUAGGGAAAGCUGGUUCUUGGCCGGAAUCCCUGUUCAUAUUCCUUAUUAAGAAAUGCUAUUAAGAAAUACAGCAAACUAGGCACCGUUGUGUAUGAUUAUUCCCAUCCCAUAAGGCAAAACUCCCUUAUUGAAAGUGAGAGACUUCGAGUGAGAUGUAUACCCAGUUUUCCUUUAGUUGCUUGGCACUGCAGGCAGGACUGACUAGUCUAUUCCUUCUGAGAAAGUGCAGACGAUCAAUGUACUACCAUUAGGGUGUUAUAACAAUAUCAAUUAGGAUCUAAUACCAUGCCUAUCUGCUUUGGAUGAUUUCAAAGUAGUGUAUUUGUUUUCUGCCCCCUCCCUCCUUUCUUUACUCUUGGAAAUACCCAUUUAAUUGCACAUUUGUAUUCCUAUCUCAGGUGCUGCUGCUAUCUGUGACUAUCAUGCAAGACUAUUGCUUUUCAAACCUUUUAACACAAAACCAAGAUUUUAAUAGUUGGACAAAGAGCAGUCAGCAGUUUCUAUUAGCAGCCAUUCAGAGAGGUGAGACAUCCUGCAGGAAUUCCAGCAUGUGGAGGCCAUCAGUAACUGCAAAUGUCUUAAGUGUUUAGGCUAUUCUUAGAUGAAGUCCUAUUGAUAAAUUGUUCAUAAAUAGACAUGCAAGACAUUCCACAUUUCACAAAUGUAAUUGCAAUCAAGUGUUUAAGUGAAUAAAUAGUUUAAAAGAAA